UAUGUCAAGUCACUGAUUGGCACAUGUGCAAAGUUCGUCACCAUUGAAUUACUUCCGGGUACCCGUACUUUAUGCAAGGAGUGAAAUGGAAGAGGAUCACAGUUCAUGUACCAGUUGUAGGAUCAUAGAGUAAACAUUAGCACUGUUCUCCCAGAACUCACGGCAUUAGGAUAUUGCAUGAACGCAGAGGAGUGAUUGAACCACACACCAAUCCGCCGUGACCGAGCCUUUCUUUUCUCUCUUGCAGGUAAGUUCUCCCUUGGAGAAAAAAAAAGAAGAAGUUUCAACAUGAGUGGUGACGAUGAUGGUGGCUUUUACCUGUCUCCUCACUUGCACUCCGAUGAGUGCAAUGAGUUUAUUACACAGCUCAGACAGUGCCACAAAGAGCACAAUGUCCUUCGCUUCUUUGGCACUUGUAAUGACUUCGACCGUGCCAUGCGCCAGUGUCUUAAAAAAGAGCGCUUGGUCAGGAGGGAGCAGAGCAAAGCCCAUGCUGCAGAGAUGCAGCAGAGGCUGAAGGCCGGCCCAAAGGAGAAGGACUGGUGAGGAGGAGUGGGCCGGCAUGGAGUCCAUCCACCCUGUGGGGUCCACUCCAGCAAAGGGCCUCGGUGACCAGACCGUUAGGAAGAGACUGGUGUAUCUAACCGAGUGCACCGUCGCUGCACUGCUGUUUUCUUGACCGAAUAUGAAUGUGUGUGUAAGGGUGUUGAGGUGAGGUUGGUGAUCCUCUUUGGCUGGAGAGAGAGCCUUCCUGCAGUUCCCCUGCCCACUGGAGCUCGCCAGAAGCAACCAGACGUUUUGAGUAUGGCGGUGUUCCCUCCCAUGCAGGGCUGUACUUGAUAUUUAAGCUAUUUUAAAUGAACACACUUUUGUUGACUCAGUGUACUAUCAAGUGGGGAUAUUUUUCCUGCUUGACAUGCAGUGUGGCAGUUCAGUACAAAUAAAAUAAACUCUCCUUGA